CCCCACGGAGUCAGGGCUGCAGCCCGUCCGCGUCCGGGAUUGAAAUUCAUAUUCCUACGGGUAGCCGUUGCAUUUCUCUAGUGCUAGCACCCAUUUCGGCUCCUUUCCAGAACCUACCGCACCUGCGCACGUUAGCAGCGGUCCCCUUUAAUGGCACAGUCGAGGAGGUUGCUGAAGCUCUUGUUUUCCCUCCGCAGGUACGGAACCGUUCGAGACAGAGAUUUGAUAAAUGCAUUGCAAUCCGAACUGAAAUACGAGCAAUCUUCAAACCCUUAUCAGAAACAUCUAGGUGGCUCUUUGGGGGAUUUUGUGUUGGAUUGGGAUGCUCCACAGUCACAAGAUGUGGUUUUAAGGAGGAAAUAUGGCAUGGGAGAAGAGAUUGCAGUUUCUGCUUUGUUGGGUCCUGAAGCUUUUGAAGAAGAGGAGGGAGCCUUGCCAAGAAAGGCUUUCAUGAAGGUGUGCAUGAGAAAGCCCGGUUUAAGCUCUGUCUUGCAGUUCGAUUGUGGUCUCUUCAGUCGAGGUGCUGAUGGGUCUGAUUUCGAUAUCCGAAAUGCUUAUUAUCUCCAGUCAGUGGGUUUAGGAGCUUUGGACUACAAAGGCCCCUCGUUCAGGUCUUUAGAUCCCGAGUUGCAGAAAGCAUUCAAAGAGUAUCUGGUAGCAAGGGGGAUUACUGAAGAACUCACUAAUUUCCUCCUACUGCACUUGCAUAAGAAGGAGCUGUUGCAAUACGUAAGCUGGCUGCAUAGACUAAAGACCAUGGUCGUGACGGAUGCAUGACACGUGAUCUCAGCAGAUAGCAGUUUUACUCACAGGCUCGACCACAAGGUGCCAAAUGGACUUAAUUUCAGACGCUCGCGCUAGAUACCUACAACUAUAUCUAUCGAUGAUAAGCAGUUAGAUGGAUGGUCCCAAUUGAUACAUCAACCCCCCACGUGCACCGGAAUUCCAUGUCCGCACACGUGGGGAGAACACUGAUGAAUGGUGGAGUGCAAGUGAUUAGAUGGAUAGCAUCUGUGCUAAUAACAUGGGCUGGUAAAUCAGGUUAUUAUAUAACAAGUGCUUUCAUAAUCCUUCUAAGCCCUGGUAAAUCAGGUUACUAUGUAAUGAGUUCUUCCACAAUCCUUCUAGACCCUGGAUAUGUUCAAGGGAACCUAUAAACAAAUGAUCUAAACGGUUGAUCUGGUGGGCCCUGCUUGGUGAUAGAAAACCCCUUUACACUUU